AAACUUUCGGAGGAUAAGCAUCCCAGCCUGACCCUCUUGACUCCCCCGUGAUGAAGAUAGAAGAUAAUGAAGAAAGAGAUGAAUAAGAUGAAAAUGUUAGAGAUGAAAGGUGUUGAAUAGAGAGACGAUGAUGGAAGAAAGAAAAACUAUGUAAGAGGGGAGAGGAGAAAGAGAGAAAAGGAAGGAGACAUAAUAAUAAAGUAAAAUAAAUGGUAAAUUUCGAUGGUUAAUUUGUGUACUUUGAUUGACUGCAGGCUUGAGUUCGGAUAGGUAAAAACAAUCCAAGCUCAGUCUCCGAGUAAAGCAGGCUCGACUCAAAGACCGGAGUACGGAUUGUAUAAAAAAUAAGAAUCGACUGUGGCAGAUUGGGGGUGUGCCCAAGAUCCAUUUCAUUUCGGAGCUCUACCGUUCCCUACCCGUCAUCGCUCUCAGGCUUCUUCCCUCCAUCGUGGAAGCCAUUCCCAGCAUACGCAGAGGAGCAGAAAUCAAGAAACCACUCGCGACUUGCCUGUACAUUAUUGAAGACAGAGAACGAGAGAGAUAAAGAGAAACAGAGAGAAGUGGGAGAGACAGAGGGAUGUCUCUGACGAGUGUGAAGAUGACGGAGGAAGUGUGGCUGACUUGCCUUACCCAUGCAUUGUCCACAGAGACCGAAGAAAUCAUGGGUCUUCUUCUCGGAGACAUUCAGCAAUCAAAUAGUGGGAGUGUGACGGCACUUAUAUGGGGAGCAUUGCCACAACCACGUUCUGAUCGCCGGAAGGACCGGGUAGAGACUAACCCUGAGCAGUUGACUGCUGCAUCUGUACAAGCUGAGAGAAUGACUGUGGAAACAGGAAAAACAACAAGGGUGAUUGGCUGGUACCACUCACAUCCUCAUAUUACAGUCCUUCCUUCUCACGUUGAUGUCCGCACUCAAGCAAUGUACCAACUUCUGGAUUCUGGAUUUAUUGGAUUAAUAUUUUCGUGUUUUAGUGAAGAUGCACAGAAGGUCGGAAGAAUUCAGGUUAUUGCAUUUCAGUCCAUGGAUGGAAAACAAAGUCAUGUUUUAAAACCAGUUCCUCUUGCCCCUGUACAUAAAAGUUCCAUAAUUGAUCUUGAAACAUCACUAAGUUCUUCAGAGACAUCAGCAAGAGCUUCCAUUAGAGGAGAGAAUCUUGAGCAAGACACAGGUGAUUCAAGGGCAAUUACUUUACCUUCUAAGGCAUUGUUAAAAACCUCAGACUUGGGGGGUUUCUUUGCCAAUAUUGAUGCCAAGACAGGAGAAAACUUCCAUACUAGCACUCCCACUGAUGCAACUAUUGAGAUAGAUCACAUGGAUAUGUCGGAAAGUAUGCAAGAAGCAAUGCACCUGUCAAAUAUGGAGAUGAGUGGUGCAGAGUUUGUCAGGAAGGAAAUCCCUCUUCUUGUUUUGCCAUCACCAUCACUUCUUAAUAUUGACACACCUUUGAGUUCAUUCACCAAUCUGCAACAUGUACUAUAUGAAGAGGAACGAAGUGCAUAUAAUCAAGCAGUUGCACAAAACUUGAGGGAUGGGAAAGUGCAUCCUCUAACUUAUAUCCACCACACGUCCACAUAUCAGGCUUCCAUGUGCAAAUUGAUGGAAUAUUGCUUAAGUCCCGCCAUUAGUGCACUCCAGGAUCGGUUGAGAGAGAAUGAAAUUCAGCUAAAGAUGUUAGAUGAUGAAGCCAAGGUGCUGGAGUCAGAGACUAAACGAGCGGAAGAGCCAUCAGAUUCACCUCGUAGGGGAGGUAGCCCUUUGUCAGGCCACAAGGACUUGUACCCUCCUCCUGCUGAUUUAAGCAACACCCGAACUAGUUCCGGGAACAGGAGCAGAAAAGGAUCUUGAUCAUACUUAAAGAUUAGUCUUUAAGUGAGCAGGAGUAGAAAAGGAUCUUGAUCAUACUUAAAGAGUAGUCUUUAAGUGAAAAUAUACCGAUAGGGUCCCCUUAGAAUCCUUGGAUCAUCUUGUAGUGCUUCCCCUGGAUUGUAAUUUUUGGAUAUAAUGAUAAAAUUGCAUUUUUUUGAAGGAAAAUCUUAUUAAGGCAAAUCUUUAUUAUUA